AACAAUAAGAUAUCCGAGCUGAAGAAUGGCUCAUUUUCUGGAUUAAGUCUUCUUGAAAGAUUGGAUCUCCGAAACAAUCUUAUUAGUAGUAUAGAUCCAGGUGCCUUUUGGGGACUGUCAUCGCUGAAAAGAUUGGAUCUCACAAAUAAUCGAAUAGGAUGUCUCAAUGCAGAUAUUUUUCGAGGACUCACCAAUCUGGUCAGACUAAACCUUUCCGGGAAUUUGUUUUCUUCAUUAUCGCAAGGAACUUUUGAUUAUCUUGGCUCCUUACGGUUUUUAGAGUUUCAGACCGAGUACCUUCUGUGCGAUUGUAACAUAUUAUGGAUGCAUCGUUGGGUAAAGGAGAGGAACAUCACAGUCCGGGACACGCGCUGUGUUUAUCCCAAAUCUCUGCAGGCCCAGCCCAUCACAGGGGUGAAGCAGGAGCUGUUAACAUGUGAUCCUCCCCUUGAAUUGCCAUCUUUCUACAUGACUCCAUCCCAUCGCCAAGUGGUGUUCGAAGGAGACAGCCUUCCUUUCCAGUGCAUGGCUUCCUAUAUUGAUCAGGACAUGCAAGUGUUGUGGUACCAGGAUGGGCGAAUAGUUGAAACGGAUGAAUCGCAAGGUAUCUUUGUUGAAAAGAACAUGAUUCACAACUGCUCCUUGAUUGCCAGUGCCCUAACCAUUUCUAAUAUUCAGGCUGGAUCGACCGGAAAUUGGGGCUGUCAUGUCCAGACCAAACGUGGCAACAAUACGAGAACAGUGGACAUUGUGGUCUUAGAAAGCUCUGCUCAGUACUGUCCGCCUGAGCGGGUGGUGAACAACAAAGGUGAUUUCAGGUGGCCCCGGACACUGGCAGGCAUCACUGCAUACCUGCAGUGCACACGGAACAGCCCUAGCAGUGGCAUCUUUCCUGGGACUGCACAGGACACAAGGAAAGCCUGGCGCCGCUGUGACCGUGGAGGCUUUUGGGCCGAUGACAAUUACUCUCGAUGCCAGUAUGCAAACGAUGUCACCCGCGUGCUCUAUAUGUUCAAUCAGAUGCCCCUAAAUUUGACCAAUGCUAUCGCCACGGCCCGGCAGUUGCUGGCUUACACCGUGGAGGCCGCCAACUUUUCUGACAAGAUGGAUGUUAUAUUUGUGGCUGAAAUGAUAGAAAAAUUUGGAAGAUUUACCAAAGAGGAGAAAUCAAAAGAGCUCGGGGAUGUCAUGGUGGACAUCGCUAGUAACAUCAUGUUGGCCGAUGAGCGCGUCCUGUGGCUGGCACAGAGGGAAGCCAGAGCCUGCAGUCGGAUUGUUCAGUGUCUCCAGCGUAUUGCCACCUACCGGCUGGCCAAUGGGGCACAUGUGUACUCCACGUAUUCACCCAAUAUUGCUCUGGAAGCUUAUGUCAUCAAGGCUGCUGGCUUCACGGGGAUGACAUGCACCGUGUUCCAGAAAGUGGCCACCUCGGACCGCUCUGGACUCUCUGACUAUGGAAGACGUGACCCGGAGGGAACCCUGGACAAGCAGCUGAGCUUUAAAUGCAAUGUGUCCAACACGUUUUCAAGUCUGGCCCUAAAGAAUACCAUUGUGGAAGCAUCCAUCCAGCUCCUCCCAUCCCCUCUUCUCACCAAGCAGAAGCGAGAAGUCAGGCUCACAGACGAGUCUCUCUAUAAGCUCCAGCUAAUCGCCUUCCGCAAUGGGAAGCUUUUCCCAGCCACAGGCAAUUCCACAAAACUGGCUGAUGAUGGCAAAAGGCGGACAGUGGUGACCCCCGUGAUCCUCACCAAGAUAGAUGGCGUGAAUGUAGACACACAACCACAUCCCGUGAAUGUGACACUGCGGCGGAUUGCGCAUGGUGCAGAUGCGGUGGCUGCCCAGUGGGAUUUCGACUUGCUGAAUGGACAAGGAGGCUCGGAAAUCCGAUCGGGUGCCACAUCCUCUUACUCGGAUGAGAAUAUCACCACCAUCCAGUGCUACUCGCUGAGCAACUACGCCGUUCUCAUGGAUUUGGCAGGAUCCGAAAUCUACACCCCUGUGGCCAAUCUCCUACACCCUGUGGUCUACACCACCGCCAUUAUUCUUCUCCUGUGUCUCCUGGCAGUCAUCGUCAGCUACAUAUACCAUCACAGUUUGAUUAGAAUCAGUCUCAAGGGCUGGCACAUGCUUGUGAACUUAUGUUUUCAUAUUUUCCUGACCUGUGUGGUGUUUGUGGGAGGAGUGACCCAAACCAGGAACGCCACAGUCUGCCAAGCGGUGGGAAUAAUUCUUCAUUAUUCCACCCUUGCUACAGUGCUCUGGGUGGGAGUGACCGCGCGCAAUAUCUAUAAGCAAGUCACUAAAAAGUCCAAACGCUGCCAGGACCCCGACGAGCUACCUCCGCCCCCAAGACCCAUGCUCAGGUUUUACCUCAUCGGUGGCGGCAUUCCCAUCAUCGUUUGUGGAAUAACAGCUGCAGCAAACAUCAAGAAUUAUGGCAGCAGACCAAAUGCACCCUAUUGCUGGAUGGCAUGGGAACCCUCCUUGGGCGCCUUCUAUGGGCCGGCCGGCUUCAUCGCUUUCAUCAACUGCAUGUACUUCCUGAGCAUCUUCAUACAGUUGAAACGACACCCAGAGCGCAAGUACGAGCUCAAGGAGCCCACGGAGGAGCAGCUGCGGCUGGCAGCCACCGAGAACGGCGACACGCAUGCCCAGGACUCGCUGUCCUUGUCCCUGAUCUCCACGUCAGUCCUGGAGAAUGAACACACGUUCCAGGCCCAGCUGCUGGCCGCAAGCCUCACCUUGGCCCUGUAUGUCACACUGUGGCUUUUCGGGGCCCUGGCUGUGGCCCUCUACUACCCUUUGGACCUGGUGUUCAGCUUCUUUUUUGGGGCCACAUGCCUGAGCCUCAGUGCCUUCCUUGUGGUCCAACACUGUGUCAACCGUGAGGAUGUCAGGCUGGCCUGGAUCAUGACCUGCUGCCCAGGCGGUGGCAGUUCCUACUCAAUGCGGGUCAACUCGGUACCUCCCCCGGCCUCUGCCAUGGGACCCAAUGGGGAGGCCCCUAAGUGCCACAACAGCAGCGCAGAAUCCUUGGGCACCAACAAGAGUGCCUCGAGCUUAAAGAACUCAUCAUCACAGGGCUGCAAGUUGACCAACCUGCAGGCCGCAGCGGUGCAAUGCCAAAGCAACUCGCUCCAGCUGCAUGCCACGCCACAGCUGGACAACAGCCUGACCGAGCACUCGGUGGACAAUGACAUCAAGAUGCAUGUGGCUCCCCUGGAGGUGCAGUUUCGUGCCAACGUGCACCCCAACCGCCACCAUAAGAACAGGAGCAAAGGGCACCGGGCUAGCCGUCUAACGGUGCUCCGGGAAUAUGCCUAUGAUGUACCCACCAGUGUGGAGGGCAGCGUGCAGAAUGGGGUACCCAAGAGCCGGCCAGGUGGCACCGAAGGCCACUCGAGGACUCGAAGGGCCUAUCUGGCACAUAGAGAACGACCCUACAACCCCCCACAGCCGCAGCCACAGUCCCAGCAGCACCCAGACAGCAGUGAUGCCUGUAGCACCCUUCCCCAAAGCAGCAGGAGCCUGGAAAAGCCCGUGUCCACCAGCAGCAAAAAGGACUCUGUGCGUAAACCCACUGUCGUGGGGCUAGAGAGUGAGCAGCAGAAGUCCUAUGGUCUCAAUCUAGCCGUUCAGAAUGGACCCCUCAAAAGUGGGGCGCAGGAUGGACCCCCUUUGGGCAUGCACAGCACUCCUGGCCAUGUGCGGACUGGAUUAUGGAAACACGAAACCACCGUGUAGGAGCGUGGAUGCAUGUACCAGGGGGGGGCAUGUACAGGCUUGACAUGUCCCACCACUGAAAUCUGUGAUCUCCACAUUCCUUUAAGCUACCAACACGUGAAAACAAAAA